CGCACUGUUUUUCUUCGUGCUGUUGUGUAGAGAGAAUGUCGGGCCGUGGUAAGCAGGGAGGAAAGGCACGGGCUAAGGCCAAGUCUCGCUCCUCGCGGGCUGGACUGCAGUUCCCGGUGGGCCGGGUGCAUCGGUUGCUCCGCAAAGGUAAUUACGCAGAGCGGGUCGGAGCCGGGGCCCCGGUCUACCUGGCGGCCGUGCUGGAGUACCUGACGGCCGAGAUCCUGGAGCUGGCGGGUAACGCGGCGCGGGACAACAAGAAGACGCGCAUCAUCCCCCGCCACCUGCAGCUGGCUAUCCGCAACGAUGAGGAGCUCAACAAGCUGCUGGGCAAAGUGACGAUCGCGCAGGGCGGUGUCCUGCCCAACAUCCAGGCCGUGCUGCUGCCCAAGAAGACUGAGAGCCAUAAGGCCAAGGCCAAGUAAAACUUGAUAACAAAACACCCCAAAGGCUCUUUUCAGAGCCACCCACAGUGUCCGAAAAGAGCUAGAUAACUAGUUUUCUUACAGACCUGGCUGUAGAACAAUAGUCGUAUUGCAGUUUUA